AUGAAGAAGGGCUCGCUUGUCAUAAAGACUACCAACGGAGUCGCUGUCGGUGAUAUAACCCUGUCAAUCUGGAAGCUGCAUAUCAACAUCUUACUGAGUCAACAAGCGUCAUCAGCCCCUGAACGUGAGCGUUUACGACGACCGGUGUACAUCGGUGGAAUUAGGGUAGAAAUGCUGAAAUCUCCUUACUUUUGGCUUUGGGGACGUAUUGCUUGGGCUUCUAAAGUAGUCACAGAAACCCGUCUUUGCUUGUUCACGUUGUAA